GUGUAGGUGCUUAGUUGGUCAAAUCAUGUCAUCAAGUUUGAAAUGUCACCCGAUCAAUCCUCUUCAUAUACUCGGCGUAGAUCGGUUUCUAGUCUCAAGGAAUACCUGAUAUUAGACGAGACUCCUGCCAAUUCACCGGCGACAAUCAACAGAAAAUGUCGAAAUCGCGGAUAUGCUCAGCAUUAGCAAUCGUAGCUCUGUUUUUUUCAGCGGCCUACGCCGACGACGUCGUCAUUUUGACCGAAGACAACUUCGAGAAGGAGGUCGGCCAGGAUCGCGCAGCUCUCGUCGAGUUCUAUGCACCUUGGUGUGGACACUGUAAAAAGCUAGCUCCAGAAUACGAAAAGCUUGGUGCAAGUUUCAAGAAAUCGAAGUCCACUUUAAUCGCAAAGGUGGACUGUGAUGAACACAAGACUCUUUGUAGCAAAUAUGGUGUGUCUGGGUACCCAACAAUUCAGUGGUUCCCUAAGGGGUCUCUCGAGCCAAAGAAGUAUGAAGGUUCACGAACGAUAGAGGCACUUGUAGAGUUUGUUAACAGUGAAGCGGGAACAAAUGUUAAGGUUGCUGCAACCCCGUCAAAUGUUGUAGUGUUAACUGCUGAAAACUUCGAUGAGAUUGUCCUGAAUGAGAAAAAGAAUGUUUUGGUAGAGUUUUAUGCACCAUGGUGGUGGACAUUGCAAACAGCUUGCUCCAACUUACGAAAAGGUUGCAACGGCUUUUAAACUGGAUGAAGACGUGGUCAUUGCUAAUCUCGAUUCUGACAAGUUCAAGGAUCUUGCAGAGAAGUAUGGCGUAAGUGGUUACCCCACAUUAAAAUUCUUCCCAAAGUCAAACAAAGCCGGUGAAGAUUAUGAAGCAGGGCGAGACUUGGAUGACUUUGUAAACUUCAUUAAUGAGAAGUGUGGCACUAACCGUGAUGCCAAAGGGCAACUUACUUCUAAGGCUGGAGUUGUUGACGACCUGGUUAACCUGGUCAAGGAGUUUGUGAGUGCUGAUGAUGCAGAGAAGAAGGUUGUACUCGGUAAACUGGAGGAAGAAAUUGAGAAGCUGUCAGGUCCUUCUAGAAGAUAUGGCAGUAUCUAUGCAAAAGCUGCCAAGAGUUGCAUGGAUAAAGGAGUUGACUAUGCCAAGAAUGAAAUUCAGCGGUUAGAACGCAUACUUGCCAAGUCAAUUAGUCCUGCAAAGGCUGAUGAGCUCACUCUAAAAAAGAACAUCCUUUCUGCCUUUGUUUGAAAAUGCCAAGGGAGUUUCCUCUGGUUACCCUCGCUGGACACCUGCGGUUUUGAUUGCUGGAACGUCCUCCCAAAUUCAGGAAUAUAAUAUCUUGGCCCUCUCCCCUGCCAUCCCUUUUGUUUUCCUUUUACUUAAUGUAUCAGGCCAAUUUUUACAUUUGAGCUUCUCUUGAUGGUCUAAAUAUAGGAGUAGACUGUUCCAGCUACGUGCUAUAACAGUAUGGUUUUCACGCUUAAUUAUCGUUGAUUAUAUGAAUUACUCUGAAUCUUGUGUUAAGAUGUUAUACGUGUCAUAUCCCGAUAUCCGUGUCUAACAUGACACUGUUAAAAAUACUUGUCAAUAUGUUAUUGGUAAAUUCUAAGGUACCAUAUCUUUGUUCAUGUGCAUCAAUCACAAUGAUUCAGAGUACCAUAGGUACACAUAGGUAGAGAUCUACUUGUCAAUUCGAGUAUGGAGAUUAGGUACCAUUCACCCACUAGGAUUAGUGGAUUAGUGUUUUGUAAUUCAUACGCUAAUUAUGUGGAGAGUUGUGAUGUGGAGAGAUAUAUGUAAAAAAAUGCCGUGAAGUGAAAAUUCUUGCC